AUGAUCCUUCAGCCACCCAUGGAGCUGGGCCAUCCAACUGGGGCCCAGAAAGACCCCGGGGGUCUGGAGGAGCAUUAAGACUCUCUUCAGAAGCACUUCAAGUCUGAGGAGAACAUGGUCUCCCAUUUUUCCCACCUCAGCCUGGAUAAUGAUCACCCCUACUAUGGUCCAUCAGUAGCUUUCUCCAUGAGCACCCCAGCCCCACCUGUGAUCAGGCCUUUGGAAGAUUCUCUUCACUCAACUGGGGAUCUUGGGGUCCUCUGCCCCAGCCUCCUGCUGGCCCUGAAUUCCCACUCAGAGCUACUUCUCUGGCAGUAUCCAGGAAAUCAAAUCCCAGAAACCCUUCAGUUGUUGAGACUGAGGGGCUCCCAGGUAUACCGAAACCACAACCUCCAUAGUGGGGUGGCAAUGGAGCUCUGA